CAGCCUUCAGUAGUUAGCAUCGCGGCGUCAGGCUCAGGCAGUGAUCCCGUUGCUUGCAUUGGCUCCACGAAGACUGAAGUAUAUCAAACUCUGAAGCAAUUAAACUCGAGUCAAGACCGAAAAUAUCAGAUCAGUCUUGGACGAUGCGUGCCCUCAACGCCCUGGUUGUGGUGCUCCUCAGCGUACACCUUGUUUCUGCUCAGCAAUUUGUCACGCUGGUGAAGCAAUGCCACGAGCAGUUCCUGGACCGCUUCAACGAAUGCUUAAUUAGCGCCGUGAAGCGCGUGCAGCCCACUCUCGUCAAAGGCAACCCGGAGCUGAAUGUGCCCAGCUUAGACCCCCUACGCCUGGGCGACUUCUCGUUUGUUCAAACUGAAGGCCCCGUCACGGUCAACGCCUUCUACUCCGAUACCCUCGUGUACGGCGUGCCCAAGUUCGACAUCAAGUACCUCGACCUGAACGUGCAGAACGGCUCCAUGCACUUUGGGAUCACCCUCCCAUCCAUGACCGUCCGGGGGAAGUACAAGAUCGGAGGUCGUGUCUUCGAGCUCCCCAUUGAGGGAGAGGGUGAUAGGGGGACACUUUACACCGGCAUCUCUGUUGAGGGUAUCGGCGAAGUCAGGCCCCACGCAGGCUUCUUGCGCAUAGGCAACAUUAAGCUGGACUUCGAUUUCAAAACCAUGGUUACCAAGAUGGAGAACCUCUUCCCUAACAACCGAGUUAUGGGUGACACUGUCCACCACUUCCUGAACAACAACUACCAAACGGUGGCCGACGAAGUCCGGCCUGAAGUGUCGCGCCAGCUCGGCAAUUUCUUCGUUGAGUUCUUCAACCGUAUCCUGACGAAGGUGCCAGCCGCAGUGCCACGCGGUGCCAGCAUCAACACCAACGACAAGCACAGAAAGAAGACCCUUCAGGAUUUGGCACUCCGCCGCAUUUCUUCUGCAUCGAGAAACUGAAUGCAUAAAAUUAUGAUUGAAGAAUGAUCCUUGAGAUUCACCCGAAUUUAAUGAGUAUUUUGAAAAUUUAGUUAGCAAAUUUGGAAAUAAUUGCUGCGAAUUAUGACCUCCAGGUUUCUAAGGACCGCAAAUUUUGACCUCUGAAACCUUGUCCAUUGAUAAUUGUUAUCUUGUACACGUGAUUCAUAGCUGCCAUAUGUAUGGGCAGUUGCCCAAUAACGUACGCAUUCUGUAAUCGGCACUUAAACAAUGCUUAUAAAAUACUUGGUUUCAAAACCUUCAACAGAACAUUAAAAAAUUCGUAAUAACUAAAAUUAUCUUAUAAAUUUGGAUUUGCCCGAUCAGAACUGAUCAUUCACACAAUAAUUUAAUGCCGGUCGAAAAGGACGCUAGGGCUUGUGUCUCGAAUUAAAAGUAAAAGAUUUCAAGGUUUUUCACUGAAAAUAAAACCUUUUAAAUAUUUCGGAUAACCUGUACGCGAUAGAUUUCUUCUAAAUAAUAGGACAGGCAGUUUUAUUGCUGCAGAAGUAUCACCGCCUGGACGAUGCAUUAAUUUAGCUCCCUAAGUCCUUGAGCCAAAACACAUUUCUUAAAAAUACAAAUAAGAGUCGCUCAUGAUGGAGAAUUUCAAUAACGUUAUAGUCUGAAGCUCAAAUAAGAAUCAUUCAAAUUUUUAAACAAAUUGUUUUUAGUUCUAAAGGAUUUCCUGAGGUCUCUUCAUAUUUACGUAGUUUGUAGUAGUUAUUUAGCACUGUUAGUUUGAGUGUCCGUUUGUUGAUCAUUUCUGUUUUACGGACAAUUAUAUCACUUGUUACGUGUUUACGUAUUAUGAUCAAAUUCAAGUAGAACUAUUAUAUUGUCAAUAGUAUGUCAAUUCAAGGCCAGCAAGCCUUUGUUCUUCAGUUGUAUACCAGAUUCCACCCAAAUACAGUUCCCCAAACCUCUA